AUGUUGGAUAGGUAUCUAUGCGAAAAAAAUUACGCCUCGCUUAAAGUUAUGAUUGAUCGUAAACGAGCUGAAUUGUUUAAAACAAAAGAUAAAGCUCUGAAGAGUGUGGUAGAUAAUGCACAAAAAGCUCCGGGAAAUUUUGCUGCCGACAUUAAUGAACUGACCGCAGCUCUAUCACUGAAUCUCACGCAAGAACAAUUUAAAUACGCUGAAGCAUAUCGGAAUGCCACCAUAUAUAGCGUUAUUUGUGCUUUGUGGAACACGAAAGUUGAACAGGAAUUGCCGCAAAUCGACCAAUACGCCAUUCUAGAAUACUAUAGCGAGAAACUUGCGCAGAAAGAAGCAGAAGAAAAUAUCUUAAUUUGGCUAUGGAAUAUAAUCAGGAAGCUAUUUGAUAGAGAAAACGACAAAUUUGAAUGCUAUGCAAAUGAACCUAAAUGUGUUCGAGCAGUGUUGGACCGCUGCGGUGAGACGGAAUUAGAACACCUGCAGCAGGCCACAGAUAACAAUGAAUCCAAGCUUAUUAAUGAUUUUAUCAAAAAAAAAUUAGACGACUCAGAAAUGUUCGUGGAAUAUGACAAAUGGAAUAAUGCAAAUGAUGUGCCCGGAGCUCUCAAAGAAAUAAUCCACAGUUUGAGCCAAGCACAAAGAAGAGCAAUGGAAAAGUUAAGAAGACUUGAGCUAAUUGAUAAAAUCAAGGACUUCUAUCGCGAAAACAUCGAAAAAACAAGUCUACCAAAACAGCAGGAGAUUGAACUAUUCUUCCGGCGGAUGAACACGACUUUUGCUGGAUGCUAUAAGCCAAAUAUCAAGAAAACAAAGGAAAGAUAA